AUGGCUUUCAUUUCAGAAGAUUUCUCGUUCAACAGCUCUAUGGCUAAUUUGGCUUAUAAAAAGUCGGCCUGGAUUACCCCGGACAGUUCAAAUCCACAAAAACGAAACCUUCCCGACUCAUCUGGAAUACAAGACUAUCAGGGAGAUGCCGCUCAGCAACCCGGGUCAAGCGAUCAGCUGACCAGCGUUGUGUCAUCCAUCCACCGAGGCCGGUCACGUCCGCCAAUGCUUGCUCAUCACCGGAUUGGUGAAAGUCAACAUCAGGGAACUACAUCAACCUUUUCUCGUUUACCGUUUUGGUCUGUUGGACCGAAUGGACAUAAUGGUGCCACAAUGCUCGGUGAUACUGGGGAUCCAAUGGCUUCUCUAGCGGUGGACGGAUGGACCGGUGAGGAGCUGGAACCGCGCAACUCCUCUUUGCGUAUUCGUUCUUCCGAGCACUUGAUGAAUGACGAUCCGCAACCAGAAAAGCCUAGUGGACUGAUCGAGUCUGAGAUUGAGCUUUCCCGAAUGAAAUCACGCCAUGCAUGUGUGGUGCUGGAAUACAAGUGGCCGUUCGUAGAACUACCCUCAUGGUAUGUCGAUCUUCGGGAACAGACUGAGGUCAAUGGUGUCGUUAUUUACACUGCUGGUCACGGGCGAGCAGCGAACUCAAAUAUUCAAUGGGCACCAUCCCUAACACCUCAACACAGUAGCCAACUCAAAUCGGACAACUUGGAACGUUUAUCGGUCUAUGUGGAAUCCGAACCGCGAAAUCAUCGAUCCACUCUGUCCAGUACUUCAACAUCAAGUUUAUGCGGAUUUGUUACUCGAUUGAAUGAUGCCAUAUUCAAUCCCCGACUCCAUAUUCCGUGUAGACAACCACUGACCGGGCGUUUCGUCUAUGUGGAGGCUCGUGGAGUGCGUGGAAGAUGGUCACAAGAAUUCUCUGCAAUGUUGUGUGAAGUCAUGGUCUAUUAG